AUGAGAACCCCAACAGGAAGGUCGAAUCCUCAACCCAAAGAUCCUACAAAUCGAAGACCUAUUCCAAACAGGAUCAUCACUAGGUUAAUGCCCUUGAAGAUGAAGGAGAAGAAGAGGAGAUUCCUAAGAUCACUGACUAUUUUUUCUGUGGAUGUUUCAGGUGUAAUUUAUGCUAUGCAGGAUCUUGGAGACAAAGCGAGAUGGCUAAAGAGGGACAACAAGUCCACUACUUGGAAAGACAAGUCUAAAUGGUGUGCUUACCACGAAGACUUUGUCGACAUGAUGGAGGACUGCAUAGCCCUAAGAAAAGAAAUUAGCUACCUCCUUAUUAAGGGACACCUCAAAGAGAUCCUCGGGAGAAAAAGAGAAAAAUCCAAAGAGAACUGCCAGGAUGGUCACAGGAUCCUAGAGAAACCAGGAUCUCCACCCGCUGACGCUAAGAUAAUUAACGUUAUCUCGGGUGGAUCUAACAUCCGUGGUACUUCUUAUUCUCAAGCUAAAAGACACAUGAAGGUCUCUAAAAAAAAGGAAUAUAUACCACAAAGGAAUACCAUGUUUAGCAGUGAAAAAGAAAUCACAUUUGACGAGACAGACAGGGAAGGAAUUCAGGAUCGUCACCAUGAUAAACUCGUAAUAACACUAUACAUGGCCAACCAUUUCAUCAGAAGGAUCCUAGUUGACGGAGGAUCCUCAGUCAAUAUUGUACUCCUAGACACACUAAAAAGGAGGAACAUCCCCAAAUUAGAAAUAAUCAAGAGAUCCUCAGCCCUCAUAGGAUUUAGCAAGGAAACAAAACACACGAUUGGGGAAAUAAAGCUACCAAUAUACAUAGAUGAGACCAUGGAUGCACAAGAUGAUAGCGGUUCCAUCAACAUACCAUCAAUGUGUAAAAUUACCUACUCCAUGGGGAACAGUGAAGAUCAUGGGAAACCAACAAGAAUCGAAAGAAUUUUAUAA